AUGAUAGGCUCCGAUGAGUCAUCGAGUGAGAACUCUGAUAGUUCUCAAACGAAAACCAACAACAAAUCUAAGACAACUAAAUCCAACCGCCGUAUAAAUCCAUUGACGAACCAACAAACCACCAAUUCCAAUUUCAACAAAAAUACUACCAACCAAAUACACAAUCAAAUCAAACAGCAUUCACAAGCACAACCAAUCAAUGAAACAUCAACCAAUCAAUUAUCAUCAAUACAUGAAUUUGAUAGUGAUCAUUUUAUUGCAAAAUCUAAUACAAGCUUCCCUCCAUACUCAAUUGUCUUUAAACAUCCACAAGACAUUGAUAAAGCCCCAGAUAUACAAUUAAUUGAACAAUUUAUAAUAGAAUGGAAAAAUAAAUAUAGUACAACAUUAAACAUUACCGGUAGAUUUGGACAUGAAAAAAGUUUAUUAAUUUUUGCCAACGAUGAAUCAAGUUUUGAAGAUCUACUAAUGGAACAUAAAUGGCCAGCACAUAUAAAUGAAAAGGAUUUUAUCCUAAAGAUACCACGAAUUCUACCUCCUGCAUAUUCGUUAGUAAUUCGACAGUUUUUCAACACAUGGAACAUUGAAGAAAUGCUACAAGUAUUAAAACAGACAUAUCCAUCAUUGAUAAAAAUAACAAGAAUGUUUUCCACUGACAAUAAACCUCUAAACCUUGUACGUGCAGAUUUCAACUCACUUCAGCAAGUCAAAAAGCUUCUACAUGAAGGUCGUAUUACGACCGGACAUAUAAAAAACAUAAUCAAGCCAUAUUACCCACCUACAAAAAUUAACAAAUGUAUGAAAUGUUUUAAUCAUCACCAUACGACUAAAGAUUGUAAUAGUCCUUUUCAACUUUGUAUCCGAUGUGGUCAACCUCACCCUUACAACAACAACUGUCAAAAUGAUAUUAAAUGUGUUAACUGUGGUUCAGAUCAUUAUGCUGGUCACGCUGCUUGUCCCGAAGUACAACAAAUUAGAAAACAAAUACGUUUAGAUCAAAAGGAGAAACAAACACAGCUACUAGUAAAUUUAGAAAAAGAUCAAUAUAAACACUAUUCGUACAACAACCAAGAAUUUCCACUUUUAUCGACACAAUCGCCUUCUCAACAACAACAAACUAUGACACCAAACAAUCGACAUACAUACGCAUCAGUAAUCCAAAUUCAACCAUCACAACAACAUCAUAAACAUCCCCUCAAAAAAGAUCAACUUCAGAUUCACUUAGACAACAUUCUAACAUCAUUUUCAAAUAAAAUGGAACUUCGACUUCAGCAACUUGAAGAACGAGUAAUUGAUCAAAUUACUGAAAUAGAAAAGAAAUUAGAUAAUGCAAAGAUCUUUGUCUCGGAACUUGAAAUUAUUAUAUUUGAAACAAUUUUACCGGCAAUCAAAGCAAUACAAGAUUGUUCCUACACCAAUACAAGAAGCACAUCCACACGUGAAGAUCUCACCAAAUAUAAAUGUGACGUAGCAAAUUUAUUAACAAAAAGAAAUGGCAAUCAAUUAAACUCAAACACCACCAAAUCAUCACUUAAUCACGUAAAACAUCACUCAAAACCAACAGCAACUCAAAAUAAAACUAAGCCUACAUCUCCCUCAAUCAAUAAUGAAAAUGAAAGCACGUAA